CUCGCUUCCCACAGAAUUCCUCUCUCUCUCUCUCUCUCUCUCUAAAACCAGAGAAAGAGGUUCUCUGCUAUUUGCUGCUUCAGCAAUACUCAAGAGCUCAAAAUGCAAAAGGACCAAGCGGCCUCCACCGCCCAUGGCGGACACACCAGUGACACCACCACAAGCAUCAGAUCCUCCCCAUUCAAGUGCCAACUUCAUACAGACGGCGUCGGAUACACCUCCCUCUACUCCCCUAUCUUCCCUACCAAAUCCUCCCUCUCCGUGUCCCCCUACUCAGACUCAGGCUUCUCCGACUCGAGCUCAACGGUCAUAUCCAACCACCUCUACCACUCCCGCUCCGUACAGGAGCACCAGGAGAUCGUGAAUCGCCAUUCUCUCUGCCUCACUCACCUCCACGAGGCCACCAUUGAAGCCGAGGCCCUCCGCCGCGAGAACACGCACCUCCGCGCCGUGAACUGCGAGCUCAACAAGUACCUGAGCCUCUUCAUCAGGCUCGGCUCACCCUCCGCCGACUACACGGCACCGUUUGGGCUUCCAGAGGCGUUUCGCGGUCUGAGUAUUGGGGACGAGGGGAGUUCUGCUUGGGAUGACGUGGCGGAUGGGAGCCCAACGAGCGUGAUCGAGAGCGGAAGAGUCCAGAAUGUUGAGGUGGAAAGGAAGCGAUUCUCGUUGCCCAAGAGUAUCUCUGUGAGGUCCAGUGGUUACUUGAAGACGGCAACUCAGGCUAGUGCUAGAGGUGGAGGCGUAACUCGGGGAGCGACUCGGUUUCCCACUACGAGUCCACUCAACGUUACGCAAAAGGUGUACGUGCCUGGAGGGAAGAAAGAGGAGGAGGCACUUGAACUAGAAGUGUACAACCAAGGCAUGUUCAAGACGGAGCUGUGUAACAAAUGGCAGGAGAUCGGUUCGUGCCCUUACGGAGAUCAGUGCCAGUUCGCUCAUGGCGUGGAGGAGCUCCGCCCAGUCCUCCGCCACCCACGCUACAAGACCGAGGUCUGCAGGAUGGUCCUUGCUGGCGUUGUCUGCCCCUACGGUCAUCGAUGCCACUUCCGCCAUGCGCUCAGUGAGCAGGAGAGAGCCAUGGGUCUGCUUAUGCAAAAGGCAAUAAAGCUGGACAGGUAAACAACAUUAUCGCACGAAAAUAAAUGAAGAGAAUGGUGAGAGAAACUGUGAUGUAUGAGUAAAGCGGAGAUCGAUCGAUGUUUAUAAAGCGUAAGAUGGAGAAUGGUACAUAGUAAUAAUACUCAAGAUGUAGCAAGUAACACAUGGACAUACAUACGAUAAGAAUAAUUAGCUAGUGUGAUAAACUAGAAUGAGUAAAUUUUUUGGGAGGCUUUAAUUUCUGGCCCGGCCGGAAGGUGAUCAAGUUUGGAACUUGGAAGACGGUUCUGUAGAGAGAUGUGCUCUUCUUUUAUAAGCAUUCCAUUUUGUUCUAUUGAAAAAUGACAUACUGAAACCUCAUACUUCAA